CGACACCCAUAGAGAAUAAGGCGCAUGCGCUCAGCUACUUCCUCUGUUGUUUCCGUUGUGUUCUUGUCCAGGAUCUAGCUUUAGAUUUACCCGGAGUAUUUAGAAAGAAGCACAUUUCCUGCAGAGGGAAGACUGCAUGGAUUGAAGGAGAGAGAGGAGCUGUAAGUCCAGAUUGUGCUUAGUGAUGUCAUCCACGCUUUCCAAUUAUGCCAUCCGAAUGGCUCGCUUGAGCGCACGGAUAUUUGGAGAAGUUGCUCGGCCAACUGAUACAUUAUCCAUGAAAGUCGUGAAACUGUUAAGUGAGCCCCCCCUGGCAAAGCGGAAGGAAGUUUAUGAUUGGUAUCCUCCCCACAAUACCUACUAUGGCCUCAUGAGGAAGCUUCGUUUCUACGGCCUCUACAGGGAUGAACAUGAAGAUUUCAAAGAGGAGAUGAAACGACUAAAAAAGCUACGUGGGAAAGGACCUCCCAAGAAAGGACAAGGAAAGAGAGCUUUGAAAAAGAAAUAGCAUUGCAGUGAAACUGUGUUUAUUGAAUAAAGCUUCUUGGGAUGAACUGCA